AUGAGCACUCCCGUCAUCAACCUCGACGCAAGCUCGGAGACUUCGGCUGCUGCAGCGACUGAGAGUGGCACGCCUGUUGCGGACUCGGACAACGAGGUCGAUGCUCGCGCUUACGCCACUGUUGAUCCAAGUGCGCUCGGCGAUGCCGGUGCAGAUGCGGAUGCAGACGCGUUUGCCUCGCUUCAGCCAGACGACGGCUCGGUCGGCAUGCGCAGGCGCCGUGGCUCUCGGAACUCGCGCCGGACCUCGUCUCGCUACUCCACCCUUGAUCCGGCGCGCCCGCGCAGACACUCGACCGUUCGGCACUCACAGUUUGGCGGUGGCCGCAAUGUAACCAUGCUCCGCGGUGUCCACUCAGGCAGCGAGGCCACGACGUCUGUCGUUCAAGAUACUCGGUCCAUGGCAACGCUGAUCGGUACCGACGUCCGUGCCCCACAAGCUUUUUCAUCCGACGACGUAGCCGCCGUUUUUCUCGACUAUGAGACGCUGUGCGCCGGCCUUCCGACGCCACAGGAUCCGUACCCGGCACCAAAGAAGCGCGCCAAGGUUGCGGUUGAUGCCGAAGCCGGCGCCUCCAAGGAAAAGGCUGACGGCGGUGAGCAAGGCACCGCCAAGGUGCUUUCGCCGGUCGUUGAUCGCGGCCGAUCGCGGUCGCGGUCGCGGUCGCGGUCGCGGUCGCGGUCUCGCAUCCGGUCGCGGUCGCGGUCGGCAGUGUCGAGCACCGGUCCCAUCGGCAAUGCUCCGCUCCGUGACAACGCCAACUUUGCCGACCAGAUCCGGUUUGCCGAGAGCCGCCGCCGCAAGCGCGAGCGGCGAGUGGUCUUUGCCACUUUUUUUGUUGCCAUCGCCUUUGCCCUCACCGGCCUCUACUACUUUACCAUUGUCGAGGACGGCCUCGACAUCCCUCGCCCACCACCGGACACGCUCACCCUUGAUCCUGCCUCGACGCGGUCGUUCUGCUACUCGGACGUGCUGACUUUCCUCUCGUCGUCAUUCUGGCUCAACAAGCUCACGCUCGCCUUUGCGCCGCCAAACGAACCCGUUCCGCUUGUUGUUGACCUCAAGAUCACGUUUGUCACCUCGCGCUCGCCCGAGUUCCAACCCGCCGUCUCGCACACCUUUACCUUUGGUGCCCGCGCCUUUGCCCUCGACCACCACAAAUGGCUUGACGUGGCGUAUCGUGUUCUCUCGCUCGGCAUGCUCAAGUCAAACCGCAAGGCCGUGCAAGUCUUUGUCGACGCCAACGAGGUGGCCACUGACUACGGCUCGGACUGUCCAGUCGAGUCGAUGGUCGAGUACUUCCGGCCCAAGCCCAACUCGACGCGGUACGACGACCAGGCUUUGCUCAACGCCAUUGCGGAGGUCGCCUUUGGCGCCGUCGAGCUUGUACCCAACCGGCGGCUCACGCCGUCCAUCGCCUGCUACCGCGGCGCUGGAACCAACGGCGAUCUCGACACGCUCGACCGCUCGGUCUGUUUCGAGCGAGUCUCUUCCGGCCCAGACUACCCGCAGCACAUCCGGCAGAUCGAGCUCUUCCGGCCUCCAUACUUUGAGGUCAUAUUUCUUGUUGCCGCCUUUGUCCUUGCCAUCCUUGUCAUCGACCGCGUCUGGCUGCAUCUCUUUGAGCUCGUCGAGUCGCUCACCAUUGGCGACUCGGAGAUCCUACUCUCGUCGUCGGACGCGCCCAAGUUUCAGAUCCUUGGCGUCAUGCUGGUGACCAACUUUGGGCGGUUUGCCGCCCUCUUUGGCCCUGUCCUGGUCCUCUCCUUCUUUGACUUUGCGUUCAUUGGCUCGUACGUUACGCUCGUCGGCGUCCUUGCGCUCUUUAUCAUUGUCUCGUCGGUCGACAUCUUUGUCUUUCUCCGCUCGCCGCACCUCCGGCCGGUCCAGCUCAUUCUCUCCAAGUAUGCGUUCAAGGGCAAUGCGCAGUUCUUUGACUUUUUCCGCAUCAUUGUCAUCAUGAUUCUGUCGCUGUUCUACGGCGCGGGCGCGCCGCUCAUGGCUCUGGCCGCCCUCCUUCAUCCGCUCCCGACCCAGAUUCGGCUUCUCACCACACUCUCGCUUGUUUCGUACAUCCUGCUCUUCCUCGGCAACCUCUUCCGCAAGGUCCAGGACGGCUCGCCUUAUCCGGUCGAGGAGCAUGCGUACCAGAACCUAGUCAACCUCUACUCGGGGCGCAACCUGGUCUCCAAGCACCUGUUGCAGAUGCACCGUGUUCUCGACGCCAUCAAGGCCGCCGAGUCGGCGGCUGUCGGCGGCGCGGCGCCGGCAAACUCGACGACGUCGACCUCGCGGCGGCGGUUCUACAACUUUCUGCUCACCAUGGGCUUCUUCGCCCUCGAGUCGUCGCGGUUUGACUUUCACGAGCGCCUCCGCUUUGUGCCCGACGGCAAGGUCUACGCCUUUCCGUUCCUUCCGGCCCGCAUCGAGGAGGUCUACCUCUCGGCUCGACCCGACGACGAACUCGAUGACGGGCCGACCCAUGACGUGCUGUGGGGCGGGCGCGAGACGCUGUACUCGUACUACCACAAGGACAACAAGCACCUGCUGACGCUCCGCCCGGGCGCGGUUGCUGACAUCGAGUCGGCGUUCCACGCCGCCGAGCGGUCGUACCGGCUCUCGCUCAUCUCGUCGUUCUUGCUCCCACUCAUGGAGUUUGCGCUUCUCAUCAUUGUCAUUGUCUACGCGUCGGUCAUCUUUGACGGGCUGGAGCUCUCCGAGGGCACUUCUGCGCCGUUCUCGGUCUUGCUCUUUGUCAUCACCAUCAUCCGUGGCCUCCUUAUCUCGUCGCAGGUGACGGCGACGGCGGCCGGCCUCGAGACCGCCGACGACGAGUCGCUCACCGACCUCACAGCCGCGUUUACCCACAUGCUCCGCAAGGAGCUCAAAGUCCGCGACUCGGACGGCGAGCGGCGGCGCGCGCGAGAGGAGCAGGCGCGAGCCAAGCUUCUCGCCCACUCGGCUAACGAGCUUUUCCGCGAAGACAAGAAAAAGGUGCUCAAGAAGCGGCAACCGUUUGGCGCCUUUUUCCUUGUUGUUGUCCUUGUCAUCAUCGGCGGCGUGCUCAUUGGCGUCUUUGCCUUUGGCGCGCGCUCGUCCUCGAUCGACAUUGACGAGUCGCUCCUCAACGCGCAGUUUAGAAACCUCGCCAACGAGUCCAUUUGCUACUCGGAGAUGUCGUUGUACGCAGAGGCGCCGUUGUGGACACAUCUCAUCCGCGGCGCGUUGUAUCCGAUCGACGAGCCGAUGCCACUGUUUGUAGAUGUGCAGUUUGACUUUGUUUCGUACUCGCCCACGGCAGUCUCGCCGACGCUCACCCAGCACUGGCGGAUCGGAGCACGAUCGAUGUUUGUCAACUUUGGCCGGUGGGAGGAGUUGGCAGCGUUUGUGCUUUCGGGCUCGAUCUUCCGGACCAACGCCAAGUCGCUGCACUUUGUGAUGGACGAGGCCGAGCUCGAGUCACAGCUCGACGCAGAUUGCACAGCAGCGAUGCUGACCGGGGUGUACAAGGGCAAUGGGCUGCAGUCGCGCGCAGCGAUGGCCUCGUUCCUCUUCGGCCUUCUCCUUGAGCAGGGUCAGGACUUUCUGCACUCGGCCAUCUGCCCGAUCACACCGUCUGGCGAGCUGGCCAAGGGCGAGUGCUUCAAGCGGACGACGGUCGAGUCGUCGCUUCAGUCUGUGCAGACGUUUGAGCCGAAGCACACCGGGCGGAACAUGGUGUAUCUGGCAUCGCUUGUCCUCGCGGUCCUCCUCACGCUCGCUGUCUUUUACUUCUGGGACUCGUUUAUCGGCGGUCUCGAGUCGCUGUCUUUGUCCGGGAUGACGGGCGCCGGCUCGUUCAGCAUGGAGGAGGAUCCGCGGUACUGGUACACCAUCAAUGCCAAACUCAUGGGCUUUGCGGUUGUGCCGCUCCUGGCCACGACCAUCCAGUCGUCGCGGACGUACUUUUUCUCUGUCCUCCUUGGCCUCGGACUGUUCCUCCUUGUGCAGGCACUCAUUCCACGGUCGAUGCUGGAUCUGACGGAUCCGUCCGAGUCGACGUCGUCGAUCCAGUCGCGGGUGAUCAUGGGGCGCUGGGCGUCGUUUGACACCGCCGGACGUGGGCGGCCACGCUCGUACCAGGUUGUCUUUUGGCUUGUCUGCGUCUGCCGGACCAUCGUUGCAGGGCUUGUGGGCAUGUUGUACGGCGGCGGCGUCCCGUACUUUGUGCUCUCGUUCAUUUUCCACCCCGCCAAGACUGAGCGGAUGCUGAUUGUGGCGGUUGUAGUGACGGCGACGUUUGUGGUGGUUGUCAACUGGCUCAUUGCGCUGGUUUGGACCUCGUCGGUGCUCUACAAUGUGUACGACCAGCUGUGCGAGGCGCACUCGAUCUCGCACCUCCCGCUGCAAGCGCGCAACGAGCUGCAGCAGUUUGCGCGGGCUGUGGAGGAGUUUUUCCCCAACGCCGGCUCGGACGUCGACGAUGCGCGCGACCUGCUUGUCUUUUAUCUUGAGACGGUGGCGACGGUCAAGUACCACUCGGGACGGCUCAAGAUGGCCGGCAUCGGAAUCCCGGAGCUGCCGCUGCUUCCGGAGGACGAGCUCGACCGGCAGGUGAGCGGAGAGAGCCAGACGAUCUGCGUGCUGUCACGCGGCGGCGCCGAGACGCCGUUCCGUGUCUCUGACGAGCCAGUCAUGUGGGGUUCGCUUGACACUGGCGUGCUGCCUGGCUGGCAGCCCACAUCGUCUUCGUCGUCGGAGGAGGACGAGGACGGCAUGACAUACAUCCGGCUCUCCGAUACGGCACUGCAUGAGAUCGACGACCUGUUUGAUACGCGGCGAGUGGGCGUUUUCUCUAUCAUCCAGGUCCCGCGAUCGAUUUCGCUGGGGAUGAUGCUUGUGCUUGCGUGCUUCUUUGCACUUAUGAUUCCUGCGCUUCUCAACGUGGUCAACCUUGACAAGGACCAGUCUGUGCUCUCGACGUUUGGCACGCUCAUUGUGGGCUUUUCGGCCAUUAUCGGGGUAGCACUCCAGUCUGAGACGCAGCAGGAGCGCAACACGUUUAUCGUGGCCGAACUCGACGACAUCGUGACGACUGAGCUCGACGCGCACAACAUGGUGCGGUCUUCGGAGACCGACCAGCUUGCGCUCCAGCAGUUCAACGUGGUCAUGAACCGCGAUGAGGACUCGGGCCAUAUCGACGGGCUCAUUCUUGUCCGCGACAUCGAAGGGUUGCGGACGGACCAGGGCGAGGCCGGCGAUCUCACGCUGGAGGGCAAUCCCGCGACGCCGGUAGUCGUCCGCGGUGCGUCGUUCACGUCGGUGCCGGUGGCAGCCGGCGGCGGAGUGGUUGUGGCGGUCGAUGCAGCGAGCUCGUCGGGCUCGGAAGGUUCAAGCAGUGGGUAAGGUGAUGAACAUAGUCGAUGGCCCUGAAGAAACCAACAUUUGCACAUAACAGUGACAGGUUGCCGA